AUGAGCCUUCACGUGGUGGCAGCCAUUUACUGUCGGCUCGGGAGGUUGGAGGAGGCGGUUCCAGUUCUGAAGCGGUCAAUCGAGGUGGUUCGGGAGGUCGAAAAUGGACUGGAGCACGCAGUGGCUAAAUACUCCGGUUAUAUGCAGUUAGGGGAUACUUAUUCAAUGUUGGGGCAGUUGGAUUGCUCCAUAGCUUGUUAUGAGGCUGGACUUAUGAUCCAGAUUCAUACUUUCACUGACUCCGAUCCCAAAGUUGCACAGACUUGCAGGUACUUAGCGGAGGCUCACGUUCAAGCAAUGCAAUUCAAUGAGGCAAAGAAGUACUGCAAGAAGACAUUAGAGAUCCACAAACAACACAGCGCACCAUCAUCCCCGGAGGAGGCAACCGAUCGUCGUCUCAUGGCUCUGAUCUGCGAGGCAUUGGGCGAUCACGAGUCUGCCCUCGAGCAUCUCGUUCUCGCCAGCAUGGCCAUGAUCGCUCAUGGCCAUGACGCCGAGGUUGCUGCCAUCGAUGUCAGCAUUGGUGACAUCUACUUCUCUCUUUGUCGCUUCGAUGAAGCCAUCUUCGCAUACCAGAAGGCUCUCAUAGUCUUCAAAUCCACGAGAGGCGAAUCCCACCUCUCUGUGGCGUCGCUUUUUAUCCGCCUUGCGGAGCUCUACAACAAAACAGGCAAGUCCAGAGAGGCCAAAUCCUACGCAGACAAUGCGCUGAGGAUCUACACGAGGCCAGGCAUAGGAGCCUCGUGUGAGGAGCUUUCGAGUGGGCUCGUGGAGAUCUCUGCAGUCUACGAAGCUGUGGGGGAGCCAGAGGAGGCGUUUAGGGUUUUGCAAAGGGCGAUGAAGGCGGUGGAGGAGGGUGGAGGGGGGCAGCAUAGCGCGAUUGCGGGAAUAGAGGCAGAAAUGGGAGUGAUGUUGUACAUGGUUGGGAGGUACGGGGAAGCGCGGAAGGCUUUCGAGGGAGCGAUAGGGAAGCUUCGGGGAGCCGGGAAGUCGGUGUUGUUUGGGAUUCUGGUGAACCAGAUGGGAUUGGCUUGCAUUCAACUCUACAGAAUAGAGGAGGCUGCAAAACUGUUUGAGGAGGCGAAGUUGGUAUUGGAGCAAGAGUAUGGCACUUACCACUCCUAUACUCUUGGAGUUUGUAGCAAUCUCGCAGCUGCUUUUGAUGCCAUGGGCAGGGUGGGAGAAGCAAUAGAGAUUUUGGAACACAUACUUAAAGUGAGGGAAGAAAUGCUUGGAACUGCAAAUCCAGAGGUUGAUGAGGAAAAAAGAAGGCUGGAGGAACUGUUGAAAGAGGCAGGAAGGGCUCGGAACAAAAAGGCAAAUUCAUUACAAAAUUUGCUUGCCUCCAACUCCCUGGGGAUCAUGAAGAAACAAGUAACGAAUACAUGGUUUGGUGGCUUCAGCUUCACAGCUUGAGAUAAAAAACAAAGAUUAAUUAGCUUUGCAAUUUCCCUCUUUAUUCUCUUGUAUCGUAGUUUCCGUUUCUAAUUUUAUUAUGAAAUUUAAGUA